AGUUGCAAGUCAGUUCACCUCUAGGACAGCCAGCAGCAUCAGGAGCCUCAGUGUUCCUCAGACAGGAUGGGCCUCCUACUACUGCUCACUUCCUUGCUCCUGUCGAGCUACUUCCAUCCAGGGAUCGUGGUGGAUGCACAGCGAUCAUUCACAAUAAGAAACACCACCCUGUCCAUUGAGCCCAGUCCUGAUGUGACUCGGGGCACCAACGUGACUUUGAGAUGUAAGGCCAUUGUCAGCAGCUCGGGGGAAGAGGCGCUGAGUCGUGAGUACACUAUAUACAAGGGCAGCAACAAGGUCUACACCAAGAACACCAGCACAUCGGAGGAUCUGCUGUACCUGCUGCCGGAUGCCAGAGUCUCCAGCACUGGGAAAUAUAAGUGCAAGAUCAACAUCAUGGGCAAGGAGAUGACCAGCGAGCCUAAAAAACUCACAGUAGAAGGCCUGUCAAAACCAGUUCUCCGACUUAACAAGGGUGUGGUCGAUGAAGAGGAGGAGGUAAUCGCCAUGUGUACAGCGCCCGGCGAGACAGGCUCCAUUUUCUUCUUCUUCUACAAGGACUCCAAACUAAUCCUGGAGGAACAGGGCAGCUCCAACCAGUUUGAAGCCAAGUUUCCCUUCAGCAAAGUUGGCAUCCACAAAAUUCAUUGUACCUAUGCUGUGCUCAUAAUGUCAGCCUCCUUCAAGUCUGAAGAAAGCAACCUUGUCCAUGUUUCAGUCAAAGAGCUUUUCAACGCACCAGUUUUAGAGAUUUUCCCUCAGUCCAAUAUCUAUGAAGGAGACCAUCUCAACAUCUUGUGCACCACCAGAAACCGUCUGGAAAGCUCUGAAGAAGUCCACCUCUAUCUGAGCCAUGGGACCAAGCUUCUUAGCAGGGGCGAAACCAAAGUCAACCACAGCAUGGUCGCACUGGCAGAGGACCCUGGAGAAUUUGAGUGCAGUGAAGAGAUUAAAAAAGUAAUCAAAGCCACCACAAAGACAAUUUCAGUGACUGAGCUAUUCUCAGCACCUACUCUCACCAUCUCUCCUGCUGAAGUCUUUCAAAGGGAAAAUAUGAAACUAACAUGCAAAAGUGGAAGCUAUGCCUCUGAAAGACUUAGUAGGGAAGAGCUGACUUACACUCUUGAGCCGCCCGACAGCCUACUGAGCCCCAUCAGCCCUGGAGUAUUUACUGGCAGGGCUCUGCUGAAUGAUUUCAACUAUACCUGUGUAGCUCGAGCCAAGGGCAUCGUGAAACACAGUGACACCCUGACUGUACGCCCUAAAGUUUCUGUGUCCAUUCCAAAGAUCUCAGUGUAUGGCAAAGCGAUCCUAGGACAACCCAUCCAGAUCCACUGUCACUCAGAAACUGGCAGCUUGCCGAUCAACUACACCUUGAUUAAGGGUUCCAAAAAGCUGAACACAACCACUGUCAAGAUGCCCACUCAGAAAGCUGUCUUCACAGUCACCAUCGUCAAGCCAGAGGAGUUAAAGAACUUCUUGUGUGAGGCUGGGAAUAAUCACGAGAAAGGCAAGCUCAGUGGAACACUCAACGCUGUGGCUAUAGAGCCUUUGAGCAAAGUGACUCUGACCAUCAUCCCCAACCCAUCAAAAGUCUCUGAGGGAGAGGAUCUCUACCUGAUUUGUGGUACUAAAGGCACCCCACCAGUCACCUUUAAGUUGUACCGCGUUGGCACCAAAGCACCGCUGUUCACCAACACCUCUCAACAGAAUAACACACACUUCCGGGUCCCCUAUUUGUCCAAAGAGCACAGUGGCAAAUACUACUGCGAAGCUGUCAACCUCGCCAACAGCCUCGUCGUCAGCGAGAAGAUCACCAUAGAGGUACACCUGGCGUUGUGGAAGAAAGCAGUGAUCGGGGGGGUUUGUCUGCUAGUGGUGUCGGUGCUGGCGGUGGUGUGUGUGCUGUACUUCAAAUCCAAGAGAGGUAAAAGAGAAGGAGCCGCUGAAUUGUCAGUAAAGCCAUCGAUGGCUCUUGUAACAGUGCCAUGACACAGAGGUUUUUUUAAAACAGCAACAGGUAGCUUGGUUUUACUUUUCUCUAGUGUACCACUGUCCUCGUCAUUAUCUUAACAGCCAUUAGUCAUUUCCCAUGCCUCAACAGUCAUUGCAUGUUUCCUAUUGUAUCCACAGUAUACGUUCUCUAUCCCAUCAUCUAUGUUCUAAUAUGCAUGAAGAGGUCAUGUGGUGGUGACCGGGCUCUCUUUGUUUAUGUAACUGUCCACGAUGCUGUAGAUAUCCUCUUCAAGUUUACAUGCAUGCACAGUGUGUGUAUGUGUGACCAUACUGUCUUUGUCUCUGACCUUUUUGCAUGUACAUUGUGUUUGUGUCUAUGUAUUGCAGCGGUAGGAACAGUAGGAUGGAUUUUUUUAGAAUACAGUUGCUGUAGAAAGUAAGCUCUCCAAGGUACAAGAUGCUUUAGUAUCAUAGUACAUGGCAUUGAUUGUCAAUUGUUGCAAACCGCUUAGAGCGCCCAUUAUCAUCUUCUUCCAGGCGCAGCGCCACUCUAUGAUGGCAUGGAGGGGAGAGUGACCAAUGGGACACGAGAUAGCGUGGCGUCGCUUCCCACUGACAUCAGCAAAAGGA